CCGAGAUGUUGCCUAUGAACAGGCAAUGAUGGACUCCCAUGAACCGGUGGGUCAUAGGUACGCAGGGGAGGAUACGCGAUCCACAAGCAAAAAGGAGCUCUCAGGAUGGUACUGCUAUGGGUGGGCCGCCGAGGUGUUUACGGGUCCUUUCUUCCCAUCACCCUGGAGCAGAUGGCCAGGGAUCGAGGAGUUCUCCUUUCCGAUAAAUCCACGCCGUGCAGUGCUACUUGGGGCACGGCAUCUGAUUUACCCAGUCCUACUGCCUCUUCUCCGAACGGUCCUCAUUCGCCCAAAACUAGCCAGUGCAUCAUUUAUUUCCUAGGAAUGGAAAUAAACACCGCCAGUUUUGCGAUGUACACAUUUUCGAUGAGCGUAUUAAUACAAUCCCUGCUUAUCAUAUCCAUGUCUGGAGCGGCGGAUCACGGCGUCUACCGCAAGACAUUGCUCUUGGUUUUUGCUGUCGUGGGGGCGGUAUCAACCAUGCUCUUUCUGGCUGUUGUCCCACAAGUUUAUUUGCUCGGUGCGUUGCUCGCGAUUGUCGCCAACACUUGCUUUGGUGCCUCAUUUGUUCUACUCAAUUCCUUUCUGCCUUUGCUUGUUCGCCAUCACCCCACCAUUCAAUCAACUCCGGUUCGUCGUUUGCUUGAUAGUGGUUAUGAUGAUGAUGAUGUGCAUUCUUCCAAUGCACUUGUCGAGCCUGAAUCCAGCGAGAGUCUCCCGCCCGAUCUGUCACCCACAUUGCCACUACUUCAGGACGAUGCCACUGUGCCCGUUGACGACUCUCAGCUCAAAUCCUCAAAAAUAUCAGCAGAGCUCCAGUUAUCAACAAGGAUUUCCUCUAACGGGAUUGGCAUUGGUUACAUCGGGGCGGUUAUUUUACAAAUAGCGUCAAUCCUGAUCAUUGUUGCCACUGGCUCGACGACGUUCUCUUUGCGGUUGACUCUCUUCGGAAUUGGAUUGUGGUGGCUGCUCUUUACGAUCCCAGCUGCUAUGUGGCUCCGCCCUCGUCCCGGACCGCCUCUUCCUAGCUCCGCUAGAGAUAGUAAAAUGUGGCCAUGUGUUAGUUAUAUCACGUACGCAUGGAAGUCCCUCGGGCGUACAGCCCUGCAGGCCCGCCAUCUCAAGGACGUUCUUAUCUUCCUGGCGGUGUGGUUUCUUCUUUCCGAUGGCAUUGCCACCGUGAGCGGCACUGCUGUGUUGUUUGCCAAAACGCAACUGGAUAUGAAACUUGCUGCCCUUGGCCUGAUCAACGUAAUAGCAAUGAUCUCGGGGGUGUGCGGCGCCUUUUGCUGGAACUAUCUCUCACGGCGGCUACACCUUCGGGCCUCACAGACCAUCAUCGCUUGCAUUUGUGUUUUUGAGCUCAUUCCCUUCUACGGGCUUCUCGGGUUCAUCCCGGCGAUUAAACGGCUGGGUGUAUUUGGGCUCCAGAAACCGUGGGAGAUGUACGUGUUGGGGGCCGUUUAUGGCUUGGUGAUGGGUGGGUUGUCUUCCUACUGUCGCAGCUUUUUCGGAGAGUUGAUACCGCCGGGGUUCGAAACGUCCUUUUAUGCAUUGUAUGCCAUCACCGAUAAAGGGUCGAGCAUUUUCGGCCCCGCGAUUGUUGGCCUGAUUACUGAUAGAUACGGAGAGAUUCGGCCUGCGUUUGGGUUUUUAGCGGUCCUAAUUCUCAUCCCGUUACCGCUGAUGUUACUGAUCGAUGUCGACCGCGGGAAACGUGAUGCUGCUUUCCUGGCCGAUGAGUUGGAAGGGAGGCGUCGGGAAACUUUAUAAGAGACUAUUUCGUAGCACGCAAUUUAUACUAUCCAUAGAACAAACACUUUAUAUAUGGU